GAAAACGAAAAGAUUCUCUGCAUUUUCUUCCUCUUUCAAAGUCUACGAAACGAUAGAAAGAUAAGCACUUUGAUCGUCUUUUGUUCUCGGAAUUUUCUGGGUUUCCAAGAAGUAAAUCACUUCAAUUUUUCCAUGGAAGACGCUCAAUUCAACGCUACAGUUCCCAGCGACGCGAAAUUACAGUCACCUGGUUCAUUGGGGAUUAGGGUUUCACGACCUGAACUAGAUCGGGUGGAGAAAGACGAAACUAGAGAAGCUGUUAAGCAUGAUUGUGGAGAUUCUUUGUCGGAUUUGAUGCUCUGUGAUCCAAAUUCAAGACUGUUACCUGCCGGUUUUACAAGAUCCAAUUGCACAGAUGAGAUUUUGAUGUUCAUAAAUGCUGGAAGCGACGAUUCGAACGUUUUAGAUUCUUCCCUAAAGAUCCUCAGCGAUACCUAUUUCGAAGGAGGAGACGGGCUAAGAACAGAUGAGCCUAUAGUUGAGGCCGGAGAUUACCCAUUCAUAUAUCAAUCAGCACGUGUAGAAUACUUGUUGAACAAUCUUCCUCCUGGAGAAUAUUUUGUCGAUUUUCAUUUCGCUGAGAUUAUCAAUACCAAUGGGCCUAAGGGAAUAAGGGUGUUCAAUGUCUAUGUUCAAGAAGAGAAGGUCUUGUCUGAAUUUGAUAUUUUCUCAGUGGUUGGAGCCAACAGGCCACUCGUGUUGGUUGACUUAAGGGUCUUGGUGAUGGAGGAUGGAUUGAUUAGGAUACGGUUUCAAGGAGUGAAUGGAAGCCCGGUGGUUUGUGGGAUUAAUGUGAGGAAAGCACCACAGAUUUCAGUUCCACGGGCUUCACAAGAUUAUAUCAAAUGCGAGAAUUGCGCUGCUGAGAUAGAGAUUUCUCGGGCUCGGAAGAGGGUUAUGCGAGCAAAAGUUCAAGAUCAGUACGAGAAGAAGAUUCAAGAACUUAUGACGCAAUGCCAACUUAAGUCGAACGAGUGCCAUGAAGCAUGGAUGUCAUUGACUUCUGCAAAUGAGCAGCUAGAGAAGGUGAUGAUGGAGCUUGAUAUUAAAACAUUCGAGGCACGCUCUCUAGACCAAACUGUUGUACAACAAGCUGAUAGUUUAAGGACUAUAACAACAAAGUACGAGAGUGACAAGAGACAUUGGUCUUUGGAAAUUGGUAAUUUGCAAGAGAAAAUAAAGAUAAUGAAAAAGGAACAAUCUCAGCUAUCUCAGAAUGCGCAUGAGUGUGUGGAAUCAAUCCCCGAGUUGUACAAAAUGGUUAAUGGAGUUCAGGCACUUGUUUCUGAAUGUGAGGAACUCAAGCAGAAGUACAACAAAGAGCAAGCCAAACGGAAGGAGCUGUAUAACUAUAUUCAGGAAACUAAAGGCAAUAUUAGGGUCUUUUGUCGAUGCCGCCCUUUGAACAAGGACGAGACAUCAUCUGGGUUUACAAUGACUGUUGACUUUGCCGGAGCAGAAGAUGGAGAGCUUGGAAUUACUACAGGAGUUUCUAAGAAGAUUUUCAAGUUUGACAGGGUUUAUACUCCCAAAGAUGGUCAAGUUGAUGUCUUUGCGGAUGCAUCUCCAAUGGUUGUUUCUGUGCUGGACGGAUACAAUGUGUGCAUUUUUGCAUAUGGACAAACAGGAACAGGAAAGACUUUCACUAUGGAGGGUACUUCACAGAACAGGGGUGUCAACUAUAGGACACUUGAACAGUUAUUUGAGGUUGCUAGGGAAAGGAGGGAGACGUUUUCAUAUAAUAUAUCAGUUAGUGUUCUUGAGGUCUACAAUGAACAGAUAAGAGAUUUGUUGGCAACAUCACCAUCAUCAAAAAAGUUGGAGAUAAAACAAUCUCCCGAGGGACCCCAUCAUGUCCCUGGACUAGUAGAAGCUAAAGUUGAAAACAUCAAUGAAGUCUGGAAUGUGCUUCAGGCUGGAAGCAAUGCUAGAGCUGUCGGAUCCAAUAACGUAAACGAGCAUAGCAGUCGCUCCCACUGCAUGCUCUGUAUUAUGGUGAAAGCCAUGAACCUGAUGAAUGGUGAAUGCACAAAAAGCAAGCUUUGGCUUGUGGAUUUGGCUGGAAGCGAAAGGUUGGCCAAAACUGACGUGCAAGGCGAGCGUCUCAAGGAAGCUCAAAACAUCAAUAGGUCGCUCUCUGCUCUUGGGGAUGUGAUUUAUGCAUUGGCAACAAAAAGUGGUCACAUUCCAUACAGGAACUCAAAGUUAACACAUUUGCUUCAAGAUUCAUUGGGAGGAGACUCAAAGACUCUAAUGUUUGUGCAAAUCAGUCCUUCUGAACAGGACCUGAGUGAGACACUUAGUUCAUUAAAUUUUGCAACUCGGGUUAGAGGGGUUGAGCUCGGUCCUGCAAAAAAGCAAGUUGAUACCUAUGAGAUUCAGAAGAUCAAAGCAAUGCUGGAGAAAGCAAGGCAAGAAUGUCAAUCUAAAGACGAAUCAAUAAGAAAACUGGAAGAAAACUUGCAAAACUUGGAGAAUAAGACCAAAGGGAGAGACCAAACAUGCCGAAGCCUCCAGGAAAAGAAUAAAGAACUCGAGAGUCAACUCGAGUCAAGAAUUUCUAUGCACAGCCAGUCGGAGAAGCAAUACACACAGCUUCUGGAAAGACUGGAGGGAAGAGAUGAGAUGUGUAGCAACCUCCACCAGAAGAUCAAGGAGCUAGAGUGUAGGCUUCGAGAAGGACAACAAUCAGAAUCUACAGCUUCUUACCAGCAGAAGGUCAAGGAUCUCGAGAAUAAGCUGAGAGAGUCUGAAAACAGUUCCCUGACAUUGCAGCAGAAGAUUAAGGAGCUGGAGAUGAAACAGAAAGAAGACCAGAACCAAGAACUAGUUUUGCUUCAUCUCAAGAUUAAAGAACUCGAAGACAGGAUUAAGGAGCAAAAGCAGCAUAUACAAAUGCUGGAAACUCGUGAGUUCCCCGACACCAUCAAUGCUACAUCUCCUAGCGAAGCGAAAACUUGCUUCAAAGACGAUAACUUCACCAAUGAAAACAUCGAGUCUAACAUCCUAAGGACUUUUAACUCCGUUAACCGUCCAAGGAGCCAUUAUCAAAGGUCAUCCCUUCCCAGAAACAAUGAUUCUUUUCUCCACGAGCCGACAAGGAAGAAGAGGGACUCAAGAACUGGUGACUCGGAGAAAAACAACGACGUAUCGGUGCAUAUGAACGAGAAACGGAUCAGGAAAUCUGAUCCACCAAAAGUGGCAGCUAGGUUUACCAGACCCACAAACCAUGGAGGGCCUGUUCUUGCUCAGAAGAGGUCUGUGAACAGGGAACAGCAAGGCCAAGGAGCCAAGGAGAGGGACACCAAGAAAAAGAUUUGGUCAAGAUAAUGAAGUCAUCAUAUAUACAUAAUACAUUGAUUAUGGUACUUGGUCUCUACCCUGAUUAUGUACACAUGCAUGUGUGCAUGUAUGUAUGAUGGAAGUGAUAUACAUAUUGAAUAUUAGAGAUUUAUAGUCAAAUAAAUUAUUACUAUUUUGCUUA